AAUGGAUCCAGGAUCUUCAAAACCUCUCUUCCCAUCAAAAGAUGUCCAACUUGAGAAGAAAGUCCCAGGGUUGUAUAAACAAAUAGAUGGAAUAGACCCAAAGAAAAACAUUAAAACACUCAAAAAGAGUAUCGCUAGCUCAAGAUCUGUAGUAGAAGAACUCUUUUACAGGCUCGCAUAUGCAUAUCUCCUUAAUAAGAUGAACAAGACUGAGGAGAGCGAGGAAAUAAUAGAAGAAGUUCUUCAAAAGAUUAUCACUGACAAGAUCUACGAUAAAUUUUUGGUUGACCACUUCGUCAGAUCCUGCAAAGAGCUAGAUUACAUGGAAAAGAGUGUUAGGUUGUCAGAAGCAAAGUUCGAGAAUAAUCCUGAUGACAAAGACAAUGCCUUACAGAUGUUUGAUAUUUAUGUUGCUACAAACAAUUUCAUGAAGAUGAACAUGACAAGUAUGAAGAUUUUUAAUACUUUCAAUUUCUCUGAAUAUCAGAUACAUGGAAUCCAAAGCAUGUACAUGCUUUCACAAUCUGAACAAGGAAUGCCCAAUACAAUUGAUCUUGCAUUUAUGUUUGCUAACAAGUAUAUGCAGAAGUACUCUGAUGAAGAUAAAGUGUUUCCUUGUGAUGGCAAGCUCUUCCUAAAGAUUAUGAAAAAGAAAGGAAUGACUCAACAAGCUCUUGAAUUUAUUGAGAAACAUCCAGAGACCUUCAAUGGAGACCUAGAAAAAUCAAGAGAAAUUAUUAGUAUUUUACACCAAGAAAUAGACCAGUUAAAGAAGGGUGGCAAAUUAUAUGACCUCAAACUUCCUCAGUGCAAGUUAAUCAGUGAAGUUAGGAAUGUGAUUAAGGAAAAUUAUGAAGAUUACAAAGAAUUUAACUCUAUUUAUGACCUCUAUGAACUCCUAAUCAAUACUCUUGUAGAUUUAUUAAAGGAAGAAGUAGCUGAGCAAGAUCUAUUAGCUCUUUACGAUGAUACUCAUCAAUCUGAAGCUAAAGAAAGCGAAGUUUUUAACCUUGACCAAGGAGAGAAUGAAUAUAAUAUCGAGUCUAUCAAGAAUCUGUGGACAAGCUUAAUUUAUUACCAAGAUUUCGAACUUGAAGAGAACAAAACCACUGAAGCUCAUAAUCUCAGGAAGGCAUCUAUUUUAUCUCAGCUUUAUCUUAUGCAUAGACUUGUUUUGGCAGGAAUAAAAUAUGAGCAUGAGAAUAGCUCCAAAAAUGUAUUUGGAGAGACAUCUCUUAUCUAUGCUAAAAGAUACCUCCAACUCUCCUCUGUCGUGUAUGAUCUUAAGGGAUAUUUCCCUUACUUUGACUCUAAAUUUGUGGAGCCUUUGGAUAAAAUUGUUACUGAGGAAGGAAAAUCCCUUGAUCCAGAAGCAGACGAUUUUAAAGCUAGAAAACUAAGAUAUCAUAGAAAGAGAACAACAAUUCACAAAAUCAAGAAAAUGCUUGGUCUUUACAAGUUUGAUUCAGACCAUGAUUAUCUUACUUCUCCACAAUUACAAGAGAUGUUAGAGGAAUAUAAAGACUGUCUUAGUAUUGAAGAGGCUCCAGAGAAAGGAGAGAGAAGAGUGUCUGAUGAUUAUAUUUACAUCAUUGAUGAAAUAUUCUCAGAUUACUACACAGAUAUCAAUCAUAUUCCAAAUCCAGUUAAGCUAUUCAGGAUUAACAUUUUGGAAUAUUGCCUUUCUCAGAGUAUCUACAACUUUGAUAUUGCCUUGAGAUUGACUAAAAUCUAUCAAGAUUGAAACAUGAAUUCUCAGGUGGUAGAUAAGCUUAAUUAUUUUGAAUUUAAAGGUAUCCAGAUGGAGUCGUGUGGGUAUAUUCCCAUGAGACAGCUCAUUCUUAGUCCCAAUUAUGAAGAUGUAUCCUACUGGUAUUCAAAAUAUGGCAUUUUUCAUAAGAGAAAUUCUAAGGAUAUUGAAGGCCUGAAGUCUAAGGCUAUGCAGAGCCAGAACUACGACAAAGUUGAUGAGUUUUACCAAUACCAAGAUUAUCUUGAUAAGUCGUACUUCAGUCAAAUUGUUAAUUUUUUGAAACACACCAGCCAGAUUAGAGAUAAACUCUCUAACGAGGCUUGGCUCAAAGACUUCUGCAAAGCAGAAACAGCUAAAGAGUAUUCUUACAGUGAUGCAAAAUUCAACAAUAUUAGUGAUGAACAACUUUCAGUUAAUUUCACAAGAACACAAGACCUUGGAGUCUGGGUAGGAAAGUACACUGAAAUUCCAAAAUACUCUGAAAUCAAAGAAGCAUGGAGAAACUCUGAGUUUUAUACAACAGCUCAAGAUGAUCCUAUAUUCGGAUACAUCAAGUUCAACAAUAAGUGUAACUAUAAGCCUGGGUUAGCUAACUCUUUGAGUCUUUUCGAGCAUCCUCUAAUGCUUCAGAUAUACAAAGGGCUUAUUACCCUGAGCUCCCAUGCAUACUCUAAAACAGCUGAAACAGAGAAGAAGGAUACCAUCAGAGAUUUAAUUGAUUCAAAGAUUUCUACAUUAAGAGAUCUUCUAUCUAAUGAUCCUGGUUAUUUUGGUCACCAAGAUGAGCAAGAGCUUACAAGAUUAGUGCUUGAUUUCUUCAAUGGUUGGCUAUCAAUCACUCAUCUGACAAAUAAAUUCUCUACAUUAAAGGAGCUUAAAUCAAACCAGGAAGCAUUAUCAAAAGCAAUUGAGGACCUUCAGGAAGAAGUCUCAGCUAAUAUUGAAAGUAUUGACAACUCAAUCUUUGAGCAAGACAUUGAGAAACUCAAAGGAGUUGAGGAAGAGAAAUUUGAAGAAUCUGCCAAGAAUGUAGAUUACAACUCAUAUUUCUCCAAGAAAUUUGGGUAUACUCAGAUCAUUUCUAAGUUCAUGCAUUUUGUUGCAAAUUACUGUCUUGGAUACUACCUAAUUUCCUUUUCUGCUCUAGGACAAGCUAUUUCAGGUCUUGGGCCAAAGAAGAAGAAGGCGAGCUUCAAUGAGACUCCCUUAGCAAAGGUGAUUAAUCUUCCACUAAAAGAAAGUCUAAAGAAGUUGAAAGGUUUUAUCAACACAAACAUCGAAGUGUAUUCAUGUAAAGACUUGAAUGACCAAUUGAGCAACUAUAUUGAGAAUGUAUCAACCAAUAGUGCUAAGUUGUAUCCAUUCCCAUCUCAAGAUGAAGAGAAGAUCACGAAGGAGCUAAAUAGAGAAGAAAUUGCAUUGGUAUCGAAUCUAAAACUUUACAAGGGAUUCCUGAAGAAUAUCACAUUUUAA